AUGGUUAUUUCUCGAUAAAAUCUAGAUAAUCAAUUUUAAUAAUGAUGAUAAAACUCAUUAAUUUUACAAGUGCAAGGGGGUGAUUAAUUAUUAUUAAAUGUAAGGGUUCAAUCGAAGCCAAAGUAGUAGUAGGAGUGGGUGUGCUGAGAAAGUGGCGGAGGUGACCAUGGGUGGAGGAGGAGGUCCAUUAUUGCCAAGAUGGACGCUCCCCCAGUUGCGAGCUGCCUGUGUGCAACUGCGAGUUAUGACCACAACAACAACGUCAGGCUGGCGCAGCGAGGAGGAUAAAAGGCGAGUCGGGCUGGGCAAUCCUGCCACUCUCAGCCCCACUCUUGGACGAGAAACAACACUCACACGUGCUCCCAAUAGUCAACGUCUUGCUCCUAAUACCAACUUCAAAAAAGAAACAAGAACAUUUGUUGAUCCACUCACAAAACAAAGGAAAAGCUGCAAAUUGACCAUUACAACUACUGAAAUCAAGAAAAUUGUCAACGGAACGACCAUUGUGACUCCACCGUUGUCGUCCCUACGCCUAUUUCGUCGUCAUUUUACGUUGUCCCCAUUCCUGCCAUCGCCCCCCACCGACAGCAAGUCCCCCUCCAUCACUACCACUCCUCAGCCACGUCUUCCCCCCGACAAGGAAAUCAUGGAACAAAAUCGUAAGCGCACUGCGAGAGCUCGCAUCUCCGCCAUCCUUUUCGACCUGGACAAUACGCUUAUCGAAACAAGGAAGGCUGACACCAUAACUUGUCAAAAGAUAGCGGAGUUGAUGACCCGAGAGAUGGACGUACCUGCGGGCCCCGCAAAGAAGAUCACAGACACCUUUCUACGCCGAUUUCGCCGGUGUCCUGAAAACAUUAGAGUUCCAUUGGACGAAUGGAGAUGCACUCUAUGGUCGGAAGCAUUAGGGGACGAUUAUGAAGAACUUGCUGAGGAUAUUUAUCCACGAUGGAAGAAACUUCGCUAUCGCAAUCUGGUUUUGUCGGAAGCAAAUGCAAACAUGCUUCGCCAACUGCACAAAGAGUAUCAACUCGCCAUAGUGACCAAUGGACCUUCGAAUAGUCAAUGGGAAAAAAUCCGUGAGAUGAAGUUGCAACAAUACUUUGACGUCAUCGUGGUCAGUGGGGACUUGAAGUGGGAGAAACCCCAGCCCGAAAUCUUCCUUAGGGCGUGCCAAAUGUUGGGUGUGGAGCCUUUCGAGUGUCUCAUGAUUGGGGACAAACUAGAGACGGACAUUGCGGGUGGAUUUCAAGCUCAAUUGGGCAUCACCGUUUGGGUGCCCAACAGUGACGACGAGGGACGAACUGCUCCUCUCAACCCACCCCCAGAUUUCACAAUCCCAGAUGUUUCUGAGCUUGUCCAAAUUCUUCAGGGUGGCAAGGACAAGAACAAAGCGGGAAAGAACGUCCGGGCCAAGAAGACUUCGACUUCUUCUGGAGCAACAACGUCUGCAACCCCAUCGACCAGCGAAGGACUCCCCAACGGCACUACGACCACCAGCAACAGCCGAGUAGCUCCAGCAGUGGCAUCAACUUCAGCAGCGGCGGCUGCCUCUACCGCAUCUGCCAAUAAAACUUCUACUGCUCAGGCGGAUGAAGACUGACAAUGGAUGAGAUUUCCUUUCCCUCUGCUAACUCCAAUCAAACAAACUCGUGAAAUGAUAUGAAUUCUGUAUAAAAAAUAAGUCCUACUUCGUGCAAACAAAAAACAAACAAAGAAACACAAGAGCUACCUUAGAUGGUGGUAUAUAUACUGAUACAAUUAUUGCGACAAGCAAUCCAUCGUCUCAACGGAUCCACAAAAAGAAGUGAUUUUUCUUUUAGUUGUUAAGUAAAAUCAUCCAUGAUGAACUAUACUAUAAUAUAUGCAUAUAUAUAUUUUUCCCCAUGUACUAUUUUCUCAUAAUUAGUCUGCCAGCCAGUCAGGUCAAGUCAGUCACAAUGUAAUUAGAUAUAUCUAACAUGUUUAUCCAACUGCACCAUGUACAUAGAUCGUCUAAUGUAAUAAGCAGCAAUAACUCUGUAUAUUUUGAUGUUGUACUAGCACUACUCUAUAUUUACGAAAUAAUCUUGUUUCGAAAUCGUGAAUUACAAUCAGUCUUUGGCCAUACCUAAUUAUCUAUUGUCAAGUAAGAUGCAUACAAGCGUUUUUCUUGAUUUCUGACUAGGUACUGAGUCAAUGUAGGGAUUAGCAGGAGGUAGGAAAAAAUGAUGCAGACUGUUCCCGAACAAGGUACAAGUAUGAAUAAGCAGGGGUUCUCACACUCCCCUACUUAUCUUCAACAACUUGUGAUAUUUCAAUACCUAUCGUAUCUACUAUAGGUACUUAGAUAACAUUUGUCGUACCCAACUUUGUGGUCGUAUCAAAGGAAUAACCUCUUUGGGUAUAGCCCUGCCCACUCUCGAGCAAGUACAUACUCUCAACUAAAACUGUAAAAGUGGCAUUGGUGUCACAAACAAAAUAACAAUCUUGUAUAAUAUGCAUAUUUAGCUAAAUAUGACAGCGUAGGUAGAAUAGUAGUCCUCCAGAUUGAUACCAUAUGUGAUAAGUAAGUAUUUUUGUCGUUGCCAGUAAAAUGCCUCUCACCCCCGAGUUCAGCUUAACUUUCUCUUCUAUGGAGAAUAAGUGGGGGGAGAGCGACUUCACUAUUGUAUCAUAGUUCCUAUAAUAAUUUGACGAAACUUUCUGUUGGAAAUUUGAAGGUUUUUUAACUCGGAUGAUUAGGAUCUUUUUUAAUUUUACUGUAGCAGCUCCUCAGAUGUAUGUGUAGUCAUUGUAUCUUGUGUAUAUGUAAUCAUUCUUCCAAUGUGUAACGGGAUAUUAUUAGAGUUAGCUAUUAGGCCAUGUACUAAAUAAUAUUACAAUUUUGACCGUUAAAAUAAUUAUGAAUUAUUAUGACGAAUUAUUCGGAUAUUGUAACUCUUGUAUUGUUAGCAGAAGCGUGGGUGGGUGAAGAAGACUUCAAAUAUUGCAAACAAAUCGACGACGAUGAUGCUGCAAUGCUCACAUGAUCAAGUGUCUUACUAAUUAUAAGGUUAAGACUAGGGUUUAUACUGUUGACUUUUUAGAUUGUUACUCGCCCCAUUUGUCGCCGAGUAUUUACGAGUCCCUCUACACGUAAGUAUCAACUAUGUAGUGAUUCCCUAUUUUACUAAUCCAUUUAAAACCAUCCUCAAUAACUCGUGUAUUCUGUUCCAACUGAAAAUACGACUAAAUAAAUGACCUUUUAAUGAUAAA